GAUGGCCUCGACUGAUAUACAUGAAUGCUAAAUGCACCAUUUAAGAAACAGUGGAUAGCAUAUGUACAACUAUGCUAUUUUGAAGGAUAACAAAAGUCACAUCCUUUAUUUAUUUUUUUAUUUGAAUGCAAUAGUCGUGAUUUUUUACAUUCACUUGAUUGAAUCUGAAAUGGAUUUUUGUCUUUUUCAGUCUUGAUGGACAUGGUGUUUCAAAAGGUUGUGCUGUUAACAAUUACAAUCAAUUUACUUAUUUUCAUUUCCUUGUUUCAUAGAUUGUUGUUCACAAGAGUAGCCGAAGAGGGACACAUUUUGGACGUGCCGGGCCUCGCCAAAAGGUGUUGUUUAUCCCAACAUGCAUGUAGUUGGAAACCCUGAAACAUCAUAUAAACCUUACUCACUUCGCCAAAAGCUUCGCUCAAUUUCACUCUCAUUGGAUGCGCUCCUGGAUUAUAAUGACAAGGAUAUUGAGGAAUCAACAUUUGAGGUAAAUGAAAUUGUAAACAGGUCCUCGCCCCCAUGCCUCCACAUGAUGCCGAGGCAGAAAGCUGGUCCUGAUAAUACGAAGAAAAAUGGAGGGAGGGUAACUACUGAUGUAUGGGUUCCAGGGAAUACCAGGAAUCCUGAAAAAUAUGUUUUAAAAGACCAGGAGUCGCUACAACGUGUUUGUCGAUUUACUGGAUGUCUUUCUGCUGUAGCUAUUCUCCCAAGCAUAGGUGGACUGGUAGAUAUGAAGCCCAUCUAUGGGACAACAACUGCAACAAGGAAGGCCAAACUAGAAAGGAAGGCAAGGUUAGUAAAACAAUAGGGGGAUAACCAUUUUCAGCAUUGCUGGUUUUUACCUUUCGCUUCUACUUUUUUUUUUUUUUUUUGUUUUUUGGUUGAGUUUUUUGAAUUGUUGGCCUGACUGCUAAGAUAUGUGGUUUGUCUAGUUUUUUGCAUGUGUGAUUGCAAUCCAAUCGAAUGCCUAGCAGUUUAUUUGGGUGAGCCUUCUCUUUCAUUCCUUCAAGUUUUUGAAAUUUUCUUUAAUCAUCCAAUACAACAUCCUAUUUAUUUAUUGUACCUUUUAUUGCCAUUUGUGGAUUUUAGGGGGGUAUGAUAUUGAAGAGAAAGCUGCAAGAGCUUACGACUUAGUGGCGCUCAAGUAUUGGGGACCUUCAACUCAUAUCAACUUCCCGGUAUAUGAUUCAUAGCAAGCGAAUUGGAUUAAUCUGUCAAUCUCUCUUUACCGAAAUUGUGGUUCUCAUGUUUUUUGAUGUUGGCCUCAAAAUGGAUUC